GGCGCGACGGCCACAGGACAACGCUUACAGUAUCCUUGUUGAGAGUUUCGCAAUAUAUUUUCAUUGCUGCAGUCUCAUCGAAAGCGUCGAAGCAACCGAAUCGCAUCGAACACCCGAUAAAUCGGCGGCUGCUAGUACAUAUUUAUCCAGCUACUGCAGAUGGCCAGCCAACUACCCACCUAAACUAAACCGAAACCAGAGCUAAAACUAAACUGAAAUCAAAACUAAAACCAAAACUUAACGCAACUAAGUAAACAAGCUGAACUAAAAAAGAAGCCACUGGCUGUUACAACUUUCCCUAUUAGCAAAGUUGGACCAAAUAGGCAAAAGAACCCCGACCAAGCAACAUGAACAUGAACGACAGUCGACGCAACACCGCCACGGAAUUCAGCUAUAUCCUGCAGCGCCAGGGCAGCGAUGUGUCGGUUGCCGAGGCUUAUGCAUUCGAUGACUUCAACAAUAUAAUGAAGAACAACCAUCAGACACAUCAGCAACAGGGCCAGCCGCAACAGCCACAUCAGCAGCAGCCGCAGCCGCAGCAGCAGCUGCAGCAGCAUCGCCAGCCUUCGCAGCAGCAGCAGCAAGCACAGCAGGAUGCCGGACUGGGGGACACGCUGUCCUCGCUGCCACAGGCCUCGUUCAACUACAUCAACUCCAUCGUGGGCAGCGGCGUCAUCGGCAUACCCUACGCCCUGCACAGGGCCGGAUUUGGACUGGGCCUGGCCCUGCUCAUCCUGGUGGCCUACAUCACCGACUACUCACUCAUCCUGAUGGUCAGAUGCGGCCACAUCUGCGGCCGGUUCAGCUAUCCGGGCAUCAUGGAGGCGGCCUACGGCAAGUACGGAUACUACCUGCUCUCCCUCCUGCAGUUCAUGUAUCCCUUCCUGGCCAUGAUUUCCUACAACGUGGUGGUGGGCGACACGCUGUCGAAGGUACUGGUUCGCUUCUUCCCCUCCUGGGGCGGAUCCAUGGGCGCCGUGCGACUGGGCGUGGUCUUCUUCGUCAACGUGGGCGUGGUGAUGCCCCUCUGUCUCUACAAGAACGUCUCCAGACUGGCCAGAGCCAGCUUCAUUAGCCUGGCGUGCGUGGUCUUCAUCCUGUUUGCCGUCAUCAUCAAGCUCAUGUCGGGCGAUUAUAAAGUGACGGACACGGCGGAGUCUUGGCGGUUCGCCAACUCGGAUCUAAUCCCGGCCACGGGCAUCAUGGUCUUCGCUUUUAUGUGUCAUCACAACACCUUCCUCGUUUAUCAAUCGAUGCGCGACGCGACCAUGGAGCGCUGGGAGAAGGUCACCCACAUUUCGAUUGGAUUUGCCUGGACGGUGGCGGCCCUGUUCGGCAUCGCCGGCUACUCCACCUUCCGCGCCCUUUCCCAAGGCGACCUGCUGGAGAACUACUGCUGGGAUGACGACCUGAUGAACUUCUCGCGUGUUCUCUUCUCUAUAUCGAUACUCCUGACCUUUCCCAUCGAGUGCUUCGUGUCCCGCGAGAUUGUGCGCGCCCUCGUCCAUCGGUUCGUGCUGAAGGAGCCCAUCAGCGAGUUCACCCAGGACAAGGACCCCAGCCUGGAGAAGGGAGCCAUUAUCGAUGAGUACUCGAAAGCCAUUACCAUGGCCAUAGUGUUCAGCGCCUUCGUCAUCUCACCCAUGACCGACUGCCUGGGUUCGGUGCUGGAGCUGAAUGGUCUUCUGGCGGCCAUACCCCUGGCCUACAUCCUGCCCGGCCUGGCCUACAUCCAGAUGGAGCCGCACGCCCUACUCAGCCGGGAGAAGCUGCCCGCUCUGGGCCUGGUGGUCUUCGGAGCCCUGGUGACCAUCCUGGGGGCGGCGGUGCUCCUGCCGGGACUAAUGGGCGGCGACUGUCGAUCGGACAUUGUGAUGGGCUACUGCCGGCAGGAGUUCCAGAACACCACCUCCACGAACUAAGUUAACGGAACGGAAGUCAGUUGGGAUCGCAUUUUUAUGGUUUGGGUUUUGGGUUUUGGGUUGGAACUUCUGAUUUCACCUUCGGUUAACUCAGCUGCACCACGUCGCAUCGAAAGAAACUUGUACCUGAGUCCCAGACGUUCAAAGUAUCUGCGUAAGUAAGUUGUAGGCACAGUGUUGAAUUGGCUAGUGGAUAGUGGAUAGCGGAUAGUGGAUAACGGAUGUGUGAUACGGGCGAACCUCAGUACAAAGGCCAGGCGUUCUCUCCGAUCGAGCAACCCAUGUAUAUUUGCACCGGAUAGUCAUUUAUAGUGUACAUUUCGUUGGAUCCCCGUUGUUGAUGUCGGUAUUGUUGAAGUAGUGAAAGUUCCUCGAUAUAUAAGUGUGUACUCUGUACUUUGAAGCCAGCAAGUUGAGUUCGCGAUUUGAAUUGAAUUGAAUUGAAUCGAAAGAAACGAGCGAGGGCAAACUAAACCAAACUAGAACUAGAUGUUAUCCGUAGCUUUAGCGUAGUCUGAAACUAUUUGGGCACCAAUAUACACAAGCAAUCCUUAGCGGCAACCGACUCCCCAAGUUGAGAAGCGAAUCAAAAUCGAAAUCGAACAAGUAUUAUAUGUACCGACAACUAUUUGUAACUAUGUAUGUAUAUCUAUGGCCCGACGUUACCGAAUCGUAUUCCCCAGUUUUAUAUGUAUAUGUAUACAAGGGUAGAUAAAAAUGCGCUUGAACCGAACUAAAAUCAAACUACAAGUAUACUCGUAUCCAUCAACACAUCGAUUUGAACAACAGUUUUGAGUUGUUAAGGGCACUGAAUUCUAUUUUGAAUUGCAUAUAUACACCGAACACGAUCGAAUAUUUAUAUAUACACAUAGAUAUAUUUUUGUACAACUCUUGGUUUAUACUGCACGAUAUUAUGUAAAUACAUGUGUAUGCAUUUUUGGAUGUGAUUAAAGUCUUUACACUCACACAAAAGCCAUCACCUCUUACUUUCUCUUCGGGCUGAGAGAUCGGAACCAAGCUGAAGACCCCACAACUCUGUAUUCUAAGAGCUUAAACACUACAUAUCAUGGCCAAGGAACACGGGACAUGCCCAGGGCUUUUCUGAGAUACUUUUUACAAGAUCUAACCAACUAACCAACUGAACCUAUCGCUUUUACACAACGAAUACGAGAACGGAAACGGAACGGAACGGAAACGGAAACAGCAGAAAACAAUUUCCACAGACUUCCUGUAUAUACACGCUAUAUAGAUCCGCUUGCGUACGAUAUUGCUCAUCUUUUCACUCGCCAAAUAUCUCGUUGUAUCUCUCUUUUUAGCGCUAUGCUAUAUAAAUAUAUGUAUAUCAAAGCAUUAGUAAAGAAUUAGGGAAGUGUUGAUCGAUUGAUUAUAGCCGAAUUGUAAUAAUUAUAAUUGCUGUAUUAUGCAUGUAGCCACAUAUAUAAACAUAUAUUAAAUUGUUUAGAUGGUAUGUGGCCGGAAGUUUUGAUUUACAGCGCAGGCCUACCCCAGAAAUAACCAAAUCCGAUUUCAUUCCAAUAGUAUAUAUGUAUAGAUAAGCUAAAGUAAAACCAAAUGAAAUAUUCUGAAAUAAUAAAACUGCAUUUUAGAAAUAUGCUAAAAC